AUGAGAUCUCUUCUCCUCUUGGCACUUGUGAGUGCGACGGCUUACGCCAGUUUCGACAAAAUCAAGGAUUCCAUCCAGAAUCCGUUGGCACGUGGAUUCGGAGACGACAUCGCGUGGAUUAAGUGGGAGGAUGCCAUCGAAACAGCUCUGGAUACCAAUAAGCCAAUCUUCUUGUUGAUUCACAAGUCUUGGUGCCAUGCUUGCAAGGCCCUCAAAAAGACAUUCCAACAAUCCAACGCCAAGAAAGCCUUCAAGAAGCUCUCCGAGCACUUCGUCAUGGUCAACACUGAAGACGACGAUGAGCCAUUCGAGGAGGAGUACCGUCCAGAUGGGAAAUACAUUCCACGUCUUCUAUUCCUCGACAAGAAUGGAGACCUCCUUCCAGAAUUCAAGAACAAGAAGGCUGAAUACAAGAACUACGCCUACUACUACUCAUCUCCAGCUGAUAUCCUCAACUCGAUGAAAGAUGUUUUGAAACACUUCGGAGUUGAUAUUCCAGAAACAAAGAGAGGAGAUAAGCUGAAGCCAAAGAAGCCAGAAGGAAAGAAGAAGGAGUUGUAG